CGAAUAUGAAUAUGAUCGGACUCGAUUAUUUACUGGUUCACUGUAAACUCAGACGCUUCCGGUAACAACACGUCAGCUGCAGAAAAAUCUAGCCGUAGCAUCAAACACUGAUUUUGACUGAAACAGAAUGUCUGGUGAAUUUGAACAGAAUGAUGGGUUUUACAGUGGAGGAUACAAUUAUGAUCAAAAUACAAAUUAUGACAUGGGAGGUGGUCAGUUUGGACAAGAUACGCAGUUUGGUCAGUUUGACUACAGCCAGGGGUAUGGUUCGGAACAAGCUUAUUCUGCCCCCCAGUCCAAUAUGUACACAGGAUCCAUCAUGACACCAGACAUGAGUGCUUCUUAUGCCAGCCCAAGUAGCUCCGACAGCUACGAAGAUGAACCACCACUGCUGGAAGAGCUUGGAAUAAACUUUGACCACAUAACACAGAAGACAUUAGCUGUCCUAAACCCAUUCAAAGCAGCUGAACAUGAUAUGAUGCAGGACACAGAUUUAGCGGGACCUCUUGUUUUCUGUUUGGCUUUUGGUGGAUCUCUGAUGCUGUGUGGGAAGCUACAGUUUGGUUACAUCUACGGCAUUGGUGUAGUGGGCUGUGUCGCCAUGUACUUCCUGCUGAACAUGAUGAGUAUAACAGGCGUGUCUGUGGGCUGUAUCAUCAGCGUACUGGGCUACUGUCUCCUCCCCAUGGUCAUCCUGUCAUUCUCAGCAGUGCUACUAUCACUCAAGGGGAUGCUUGGAAUUGUCCUAACUGUGCUGACGGUGUUAUGGUGUAGUUUUUCGUCUUCCAAACUCUUUGUAGCGGCCCUGUCAAUGGAGAACCAGCAACCCCUUGUGGCCUACCCCUGUGGACUUGUUUAUGGAGUAUUUGCCUUAUUAACAGUGUUCUAAACCCCAAACAACCAAUACUGAUCACCCUUUUGUUUUAAACUUUGCUUCUUUAGAAAAGCUGUGUCUUCAUCCAUUUUGUUGGUGUUCAUGUACAUCAUUCAGACUUGUUCAAACUAUGAACAUUUGUAAGAGUUAUGGAGAUGUUUUACAUCAUUCAGACUUGUUCAAACUAAGAACAUUUGUAGGUGUUAGGGAGAUGUUUUACAUCAUUCAGACUUGUUCAAACUAAGAACAUUUGUAAGUGUUAGGGAGAUGUUUUACAUCAUUCAGACUUGUUCAAGCUACGAACAUUUGUAAGUGUUAUGGAGAUGUUUUACAUCAUUCAGACUUGUUCAAACUACGAACAUUUGUAUGUGUUAUAUUUUAAUACAUUUUAUACAAAUGCACAACAUUGUUCAAGAAGAGGACAUUAUUCAAGGAAGAAGCAAUGCAUCAUGAAACGUUGAAGAAUAAAUUGGAGUACAAACUUUGUUGUAUGGGUACUAUUUUAAACAUGCAUGUCACAACUGUAAUACAAUUGUAAUGCUUUUUUGUUGUGCAUUGAACAUAUAAUACUCUGUAAAUUUAUGUUGCAAUGCUUUUGAUAUAUUUAAACUGAGGCCAAAUAAAAUCACUAAGAUCAU